AUGCUGAUCAGCGAGUGCACCGUAGGAUAUGUUGAUAUCAAUCCAAGUGCGAAGCGCACAGUACUGAUGGUACAUGGUUGGCCAAGUCUUUGGAGUUCGUGGUCGAACCAGAUUGAAGAGCUCAAGAAUGACUACCACCUCGUCGUCCCAGACAUCCGUGGCUUCGGCGAAUCGACACACCCGGGGGACGUCGAGAGCUCGGGUACCAUCAACGAUAUAGCCGGAGACAUGGCGUGCAUCCUUGCCCACGCGAACGUCGAAUCGGCGAUCUGCUUAGGACAUGACUGGGGGACGCAAGUAUGCUACGAGUUCGCAAGAAGUCGGCCAGACGUGGUAGAGGCCGUCAUAGGUUCUGUGAUACCCUAUAUCCCGGCCCACGGCGACUACAUACCCAUGAAAGCCCUCGUCCCCAUGCUCCCCAAACUCGCCUACCAGCUCUUCUUCAGCGGCAACACGUCGGACGCCGUCAAAGAGCUCGAUGCGGAUAUCAGACGGACGAUCAGGGGCACGCUGAGGACGGUGGAUAGCGCUCCCCCAGGGCACUUUUUGAUGAGCGGGGAGACGUUCCUUGGGGCUUGGGAUGGUGUUGAGGAGAUCCCGUCCGUGCCAUUCUUUUCGAAAGAUGAAGAAGAUUACUUCGUCGAACAGUUUAGUAUCCAGGGAUUCAAGAACACCCUGCAAUUUUACACGAAUGGCAACCGCUAUCUGUCCUGGGAGCACGCACAUUCGCAGGGGAACCAUACGAUCCCUCAACCCGUCCUGAGCAUUCUUCCUCUAGAUGAUCCGGUCGCUGACUGGGAGGUUGCAGCCAAGCUGCUAGGCUCUGGGGAGUUUAUCCCUAAGUUGACAACGAAGAUGCUACCCGGCGCACACUGGGUGCAGAUCGAGUACCCUAGAGAGUUCAACGCCAUUAUGCGUGAGUGGCUAGAGGGAUUCUCGCGUGCUGGUGGUCCACCUCCUUCGUCUUCGCAUGACGAGCUGUGA